UUAGCAGUUAGGCGAGUGAGGACGCGGGAGAGGACGGGCAAUGGAGGCGGAGGCGCUCCUGCCACAGCCAGAGCCACCGCUGUGCGCUGUGGACCACCUUGGCCGUCCGGUCUCCCGCGGCAGCUCCGGCGGGUGGCCCGCCGCGAUCUUCAUCAUCGGGGUGGAGGUCGCCGAGCGGUUCGCCUUCUGCGGCAUCAUGGGCAACCUGAUGAUCUACCUCACAGGCCCGCUGGGCCAGUCCACGGCGGCCGCCGCAUCAGCCGUCAACGCGUGGAUCGGUGCAGCCAUGCUGCUGCCGCUGCUCGGCUCCGCCGUGGCUGACUCCUGGCUCGGCCGCUACCGUACCGUCAUCUGCGCAUCACUCCUCUAUAUGCUGGUGGAGCAGACAUGGGCUUCUGAAUUCUGAUGCAGAGUUUCACACGUCGGGGAGCGAACGCGGCAUCUGUGUCGUUUUCUGAGGAGUAACACUACACGUACGGGAAAUUUUUUAGGAUCCUGAUUAAGGACUGAGGUGGAAUCACACGGUUUAUUUACACCCCGAAAAUCAUAUAAAGGAAAAACAAAUGCCCAAAUCCUUAAAAGCGCAGAUAUGCUCGUUCGACGAGUUGAGCUCACGCCGACAGACAACGACACCUCUUCAGCAUCGUACAUUCCCUCCCCAACCUUCCUCCCCGCUGCUCUCCAGGACAGGUUCCAAUUCCAGGGUAUGGGGCUGGCAGCAGUUUGGUCAGAGGCGCUCAGUCUUGAGGGGUCACAUAAGAAGCUUCAUGAGGUCGACCGAGAUGGAGAGGCGGAGGAGAUCGAGCGGCAGCGACCCAUGGCCGGAAGCGGAGAAGAUGAAGACGGUUCACUCGACCCGAGCAUCCCGACUCGAUUCCCCGUCUCACCCAACCACUGG